UUUUUCAAUCCAGCCACAAGGUUUCUUAGUUCCAGAUAAACAAUGGCGUCGGAAGAUUGGAUUCCUGAUACAAUUGUAGGAUUCCUGAAUAGUCCGGUAUGGACUGUUCCUAUUAUGACGUUUAUCGAGGAGAAAUGUCUAGUGUUUGACCCAUCAGAAGAGAACAAACUAGAAUAUACUGAAAUACAUAAUAGGUACAAAGAGCUGGUUGAAUACCUGUUGGAGAGUUUCAUUGAAGAUCUUCAAAUUGAUGCAGCUUCUUUUGUGGAAGCUUGUAAAAAUGCUCAGGAUCCUGGUACGUCAGAGGCCAAUUUGCCUCUGUUUGAACAAGUGAUGGCGGCUCAAAGUUUUCCCGUGUUUAAGACCCUGAUGGUACAAAAAAACAUUGAGCUGGAGCUGCAGGCCCUGAGACUGAUUCAGAAAUGUAAUGGUGUCAUUCCAGCAGCGCUUUGUCCGGAUCAAGACACCUCGGCCGACUUACAUCAAGCGAGGAUCUUUGACGAUGAUGAAGAGCUUAUGAGGAAAAUUAUGAAGCAGUCUGAAGAUGAGUACAAACAACAACAGGCCAGCAAGGCAGGUGCCAUUGAUAGUACUUUAGAGAAUGUGUUAGCAACAAGUAAAGCUGAAGCAGAACGACUGCAAAAGGAGAAGAAAAAGGAAGAAGAUAUCAUGAAAAAGGUAACAGAGGAAAGCAAAGUACAAGAGCUGCUAAGGCAGAGAACAUUUGAACACAUUGAACAAAUGGAUUUACUUGCUGUAGAAAAGGUUUUGCAAAUGUCCCUUGAUGAUGAUGAAAUGAAGGCAGCGAAAGCAACAGUAGCAUCCCAGUCUUCUUUGGAUGGUCUUCCGAAGAUUUCCCCAAGUGAACAAAAGAAAUCCAGUUCUGAUUUAAAGAAAAAGAAAUCACCAUCUCACAAAUCUCCACCAGCCCCAUCGAAAGGUACGUCAAGCCAGAAGGUUGCAGCCCCCUCCACUUCCAGCAAGGCUCAAGCAUCUACAGGCAAAGCUCCUCCUUCCAGUAAGAGUGGUAGCGAUGCUGCUGCCAGUUGGCUUGAUAGUGCCAGGGCAGAAGCGGCAGCAGCCUCCUCCACCAAGUCAGAAUGUACGAGCACCACACCAGCAUCUGAAGCAGCAGAGUUGAAGAAAAGAGAAGAGUACUUGAAACAGCAAAGGGAUCGUUUAAUGGCUAUGAAGAAGAAAGAACGAGAAAAGUCACUUAAUGACUUUUCAAAAAAAGAAGAAUCCAAAACUAGGCCAAAUUCGUCCAUGGCUGCAAAAAAUGCCACUUCAGGCGAAGUGCAAGUGAAAAGCAGUGAUGAAGCAGCUGAGAACAAGAAGAUGAAAAUGAGAAUGGCACUAGCUCAGCGGCUUAAGAAAGAAGUUAUACAAAAAUAAGUGCAAUGAACUUAUCGGGAAGUUGCAAAUAUCAACACAUAAUGUAAUGAUGUCCGUAUGUAUUAAUGAUUACUGUAGAUAUGUAGAGUUUCACCUUGAGGGACUGUUUGUCGGUUUCACAAUUGUCUGAUGAUGACGGUCCUAUAAUGCUUUCUUAAACCUUUCUCCAUUCCGUUCAAUCAUUUGGUUAUUGUUGUCAAGGUCCUACAAAACGACGGCGGUAACACACAUUUGUAAGCUUGUGUUUAUAGGACAUGCACACAUUUCUUACCCACCUAUUGAAUAUCAUGUUCUGAUUGGGUGAUUGUUAAGAUUGAUUGACAUUCCUGAAUGGUCUAUUAACACUUUGCCCGCCAAAAACGGAGAUCUCCGUGUUUGGUAACGUAACGCUUGACCGCUAAACACAGAGGUUUUUAACAUGUUUUUGCGUGUUUUUUUUACAGAAUCCGAUAGAUGGGGUAAUUACCGACAUGGUACUAACAAUUUUUAACACUAUAUUCAUUCUGGAUCUUUGGUAUUUCACUGUUUGUUUGUUACAUUAGCGUAGAACGGUAUUGAUUUACUUUCACAAAAUCGCAAUUAUCUCAGCUUCGUUGUGCAAAAUUGCGUAUAAAUCUCCAAAAAGUGAGUCAUUUUCAUUUUACUGUUACGGGUCACAGAUUGUGCUUAGAAUAAAGUGUUUGGUACCAUUGUAAAGCUAAAAUGUUUGUAGUUCUUGUAGUAUUCACUACAUGUCAAUCUGAUCACAUACGCACUCUCAACGAGCUUCGGAAAAGUGUUAAAAUUUGCUAAGAAGUCUAGCGGUGGCUGAUACUAUUUUUUUCAAACUCCUGGCGGUUAGAGUGUUAAUAAGUGUUGCUCCUAUACUCAGUUUCUACAAUGAGUAAAUUGUUAACAUAAUUCAUAUUUUUUUUAAUUUGAUAUCAAUUUGUUACAUUAUAGAUGGAUGUGAAUUAUGAAAAUAUACCAAAUGAGGAUAGUAAAAAUGUAUUAAUGAUGAUCAAAUUCCUGUAUGAUCUAUGCUCAAACCAUAAAACUCGUAUGUUUUUUAAAAACUUUUUAGCAAAUUACAGCAAGGAAAUGACAUAGCCUGUACAUAAAACUGUUUUAUUUAUAAUUACAAAAUGAAACAAAAAUUUAAAAUAUGACAAAAUUUUCAUUCCAAAAUGGCAUUUAUUACUUUUUACUACAUUGACUUCUCGUUAAUGUACUAUUUCUUUUUAUUGUUCAAUUUAGUACUUUAAAAACAUUAUAGAACUUCCGAAAGUGCCUGGGAAGGAAAAGAAGAAAUAUAAUAAAAUAAUUGACAUAAUUAUCAGAAUACAGUACCUUUAUGUCAUUUUGGAUUCAACUUAGGCAAGUUCAAUUAAUUAAAAAUAUAUAUAAAAGUAUGACAGUAAUUGCAGUUUCUAUAGUAUAUUUUUGUUAUUUGUAUCUCUUGUUAUGUAUGAUUAUUAUAAUUAGUGUUGUUAUGUUGUAUUCUCAUUAUCUUUGUUUAUUAUGUUGAUAUAGUUUUUUAAUUAUUAUUAUAAUAAUAGUAGUAGAAUAGUAUUGUCAGAAACACUGACUGUAAAUUUUUAACACAAUACACCUUGAUUAUGUGUUGAAUUAAUACUUAAGAAAUGUUUCGUUUUUAUAUACAGUAUAUCAUUGGAAAAAAGGCUAAUUUGCCAUUCUUAGUCAGAUUUAUUCCCACUUAAUUCAGAUGGAUUAAAAUCAUUAGUUUACUGGUACCUCCAAAAUUAAUGCAAACCGAUGCAAUCCCUACUGUGAGAAUUAUAGCUCCCGCAUCUGUAGAAUAUUACACUUUUACACUAUCAAACCAAUACAAACACCGGUGACACUGGAGCCAAACCCCAUUUACGCUUGACGAAGAAACUGCGGGAUGAUCCCGGUCGCACCCAUUUACACUUUACAACGAUAAUCGGCUGAGCUAGUUUUUAGGAAAACUAGCUCAUUAUUUUGCAAUCAAGUUUAGUUCGCAGGGGGAAAACAUAAUUUAUUUGAACACUAAAAAUCAAAUUAAUUUCUAAACAAAAAUACAAUCUAAAGCAAUAAAAUAUAACUUGCAUUUAUCUAAAUACUACAUUCAAACUAUACAAAUAGUUUGUAAUAGUAAUAUUACAAAAAGAAACUGAAUAAUUGUAAUGAAAGUGGAUGAUUAAAAUGCUGGUUUGUUUAAGUUGGGACUGUUCACACUGUGUGUUCCGACGUCGACAGGACUAUCACGGAAAAGCUUCGUUGUGGUCGUUGACGUUCACCCAACUCCGGUGUAUUGACAAUGGUGGAGUAAAAGCGGGUUUACUCCAGAGUGCUGCUGAUAGUGUAAAAUGGGAAUAUGUUCUGUACAGAUCCAAAAUUCACCAUUCAAGGAUUGAAAUCUUCUCUAGUACAAGUCUAUCUUUUAUGCAGCUUUGAAGGAAAACAAAGGAACUAUGUUUAUGCAUACCUUUAGGGUUUGCGAUCCAUCAGAGAUGGAUUGAUCCAUCUAAGGGUGUUCUCUCUUGUGAUGAUUGGAAUAUUGUUGCUUUAUCUGGUAACUACUGUAUACACAAAAUAGUUUAGGCUGAAUCACCUUGAAUGUUAAAUGUACUUCACAAAAAAAAAAUGCUUAUGUUGUACUUGUCAAAUAAUAAAUCUUGUCGUAUUACAUUAA